AUGGCUGGUGGUAAAAAUUCACAAGGAGCAUUUCAACCGGACUCGGAUGUUCAUAUUUCGUAUGAAGAUCAGCAGAAAAUAAAUAAAUUUGCCAAGCAAAAUGCUCAAAUGGAUGAUUUAAAAGAGGAAUUGAAGCUGAAGCAGAACGAUUUAAAAAAUUUGCAAGAUGCUAGUGAUGAAUUAGCAUUGAUGGAUGAUGAUGCUAAAAUUCCUUACCGUAUUGGUGAUUUAUUUGUAUCCCAGGACGUUGAAAAGACUCAGGCUUGCUUAGAAGAAGCGAAAGAAAAAAAAUUGGCAGAAAUAAAAUUACUUGAAACAAAGUGCGCUGAUCUUAAAAGUGUAAUGACCGAUUUGAAAGCUCAAUUGUACGCUAAAUUUGGUAGCCACAUCAAUUUAGAAGCUGAAGAAGACUAA